AGGCUGUUUGUUUGGAGAUACCGGGUCAGGCAUUUUACGUGACGCAACCGUUUCGUGAGCGAACACCUUAUGCGGGGCUGCUUCGCUCGCGGAUAAGGUACUGAGCGCGUCAUUCGUUUUGUCUCCUCGACGAACUGUUCACUUACGGUGUGACUUCAUUCUCCCCCGUACAUCAACGCCCAAACACCAACCGCAACAACACUAGAGCAGUGAAGAGCCAGCAAUUACUAGAAUAUCAGGAAACUCACGCAGAUUCCCUUUUUGAUCUUCAUCAUUCCCCGCUAAACUAGAUUGUUAGAAUUUCACAUCCACGCACAAGCAUACGUAAAGCAUGGCCAACGUUCAACUCCACAAUGCAGACAACGUGGACUGCUUUUACGCGGGGCAGACUAUUAGCCUUUUCAUGAACCUCCGCCGACCUUCCGCUGUGGUGGCACAGUGCGCCGACAGCACCGUCGAAGACGUGCCGAUUGUGUUUCGUCUCAUUUUACAGCGCGAAAACGAAGUCGUGGCGCACUUGCCGACCUCAUCAAGAGGCUUGAUCGUGCGCCGUCAACCCGAGCGCGGCGUCGGCGCGGACGUGGUCAGCUUCGCGGUCGAGGGCCGCGACCUUCUCAAGGUGACAGUGGACCUGGCCCAAUGCUUCGAACGAUCCCGACAGCUGUCCUCGCGAAAUCUUACUUUACCUGAACACGUUCUCGUGAAUCAGACGUGGAUGAUUAACGAAGCCUUUACGCUGCUGCUCCAGCUUCGCUCUACUGCACACGCGACGUGGCCAGCCCUGCCGGGUCCGCAGUGGAACGAGAUGCUGCCUUCUUCCACCUUCUCGCAGCCGCCCGUCACACCCCGCUCCUCCAGCCAUCGCAGAGACGUCUCAGAAAGCGUAUACCUGCCUGCGGAGGAUUCGCUGGCACAGCCGCUCUCCACCGCGAGCAGCAUGGCGAGCCGCACAACCCGGCUCUUCAACCCUAGCGAGCCGCGGUCGCAGCUUCAGCGCGCGCUCUUCGUAGACCAAACGCUCUUUCCGAUCAUUCGCGUCUACUUUGUGCCAGAGCUGUUCACCCGGCCCAUCGCCACCCCGCCCAAUAUGUUGUGGAACAUGUCGUUGCAGAUCACCGUUGAGAAGAACGCCGCCCGCAAGCCCCGCCGAACCGCCGGGCGGGAGCGGGUGCCAAAGCGAGAGCCGCGCCGGCACGGCGAGACCCUCAAUCUUGCGGUGGAGGAGUCUGUCCUUGUCAGCAGCGUAGAUUGGGGCGAAGAGGAGGUCAAUGCGCCGCGUCAGGUCGAGGCCAUCGCCUUCUCCUUCAACGCGGACUACCGCGAUCGGCUAGACAGCAACGGUCGAGACGGCGACGGCGACGUCUGCGAUGUUGCGCGUGCAAGUCGGCUCGUUGUCGACGACUUCACGUUCAGUGUGUUGGUCACGGCGAAGAAACAGGCGGGCGUCAAGGUGGAGGAGAUCAUGCGGACGGUGUACAGCUACUGCAGCGAGCGCGGCGACGUAGCGAGCGUGUUGGACGUGAACCUCGAUGACUUGACGGAGUACAUCUACGACCGCUACGCCUUCAUGAAGACGACACCGUACUUUGACGGGUUGUCGUUUCACAACACAGUCGGCGAGGCAGUUGUAUUGUAUUUUAUGAAUAACAUCCUCACAGGAGAGGACUACGACGUGGACGUGGAUGAUGGGGCGUUGCUAAUGGACGGUGUACUGGCAAGCGCCUAA